UAAAACAUUUUUUAUCAUCAAAAUACAUUAAAAUGCAAGAUCCAAAUGAAGAUACUCAAUGGAAUGAUAUUCUAAGAGCAAAAGGUAUUAUACCAGAAAAAAAGAAAGAAGCUGAAGUUACAGAAGAUCAAAUUGUUGAUCUUCUUGAAAAUACAAUCAAUGAAAGAACUGGAAGAGCCCAAAAAGAUUUAGAAAAUGCGACUUUGGAUGAAUUGGAUGAAUUAGAAGAUGAAGAAGAUGAAAAAGUCUUGCAAGAGUUCCGUGCAAAAAGGAUAGCAGAAUGGAAAGCACUCGUGCAGAAAAACAAGUACGGUGACGUCUAUGAAAUAUCUGCACAGGACUAUGUCCAAGAAGUUAAUAAAGCUCCAGAAGGAACCUGGGUAAUUUUACAUUUAUAUAAACAAGGAAUACCUUUGUGUUCACUAGUGAAUCAGCACUUGAAAGCUUUGGCUUUGAAAUUCUCAAGCGUUAAAUUCUUAAAAAGCAUAUCAACAACCUGUAUUCCUAAUUAUCCAGAUGCUCAUUUGCCAACAUUAUUCAUUUAUCGUGAUGGCAAUAUGCAGGGUCAAAUAGUGGGACCAAUUGAGUUAAGAGGAAUGAACUUAACGGAGGAAGAACUAGAAUAUAUGCUAGGAAAAAUAGGUGCUGUCCCAACAAAUAUUAAAGAUGAUCCAAAGAAAAAAGUACAAGAUAUUCUGUUUAGGCAAUUAGAAGAUCUUGCUGAAUCCAAUGAUUGGUGAUAUUGUUAACAAUUCAUCAAACUUUAUAACAUAAUUAUUGCUUCAAAUUAGUUUUAAAAACAUUGUUAACAUAAUGCACUUUAAAAAGUAUUAUAUCAUCAUUGUGUAACCCAAAAUAAGUGCUUCUCUAUGUUUUGUUUAUGUUUUUUAAAAAUGUAUUUACAACAAUAUUCGAGUCAAUGAAAUUGAAGAUAUAUCUCAAAACGCAAUCGAUUUUUACUGAAUCACGUCUGACAAUAAACACUUGAUUAUAUACAAAAACAAA